AUGACAGAUGGCUGUUUGCUUCGGGAGUGCCUUGGUGAUCCGGAUCUGGCAAACUAUGAUGUCGUCAUCUUGGAUGAAGCCCACGAACGCAGCUUGCAUACCGACGUCUUGUUUGCUCUCAUGAAGCGAGCUGUGAGCAACCGCGCAGGUCAGCUCAGAAUGCUGGUGACUUCAGCAACCCUCGAUACAGGAGCUUUUUCUGAGUAUUUUAAAUGCCCGGUACUGGAAGUCCCUGGACGUAGCUUCUCAGUUGCUUUGCACUACCACCCUGUUUCUAAGACUCAGCGGGUGGAAGCCGCGGUAAACGUCGCGCUCAAUCUGCAUGUCCGCGAGGGACCUGGCCAUAUCCUAGUCUUCCUCACGGGAAUGGAAGAGUGUGAGCAAGCGGUGGGCUUGGCAAAUGCAAAGCUUCAAAGCAUGGUUGACAGCGGGAAGCAGGUCUCAGACUGCCUCAUUGUCCCUUUGUAUGGCAUGAUGCAGUCGGACGACCAGCGCAAUGUCUUUGAAGAAGUCCCAGAUGGUUGUCGCAAGCUUGUUUUUUCAACGAACAUUGCAGAGACCUCUCUCACCGUGGCAGGGGUGGGCUAUGUCGUUGACUGUGGAUACUGCAAGCAGAAGAACUUCAACCCAAAGACUGGAAUGGAAUCCCUGCAAGUGACUGAAGUUUCGCAGGUGCAAGCCAAACAGCGUGCGGGCAGAGCUGGCCGUACGCAGCAUGGCAAGUGCUUCCGGCUGUACUCGGAGGAGACCUUCGUGCGUAGCCUGCCUAAGGUCACGGUGCCUGAAAUCCUGAGAUCGAACUUGGCGUCUGUUACGUUGCAGAUGAAAGCAAUGGGCAUAGAGGACGUGGUGAGAUUCGACUUCAUGGAGCCGCCUGAUCGCGUACGUUUGGUGAAGUCUUUGAGACUCUUGUUUCUUAUUGGUGCGCUGGAUCCGGAUGGUGGCCUGACAGACCUUGGACAGAGAAUGUCUCAACUGCCCCUGGAGCCUCAAUAUGGUCGAGUCUUACUUGCGGCAGCCGAAAGUGGCUGCGUUUCUGAAGCUCUAACUCUUGUAUCCAUGUUGAGUUCUGAGGGCGUUUGGUUUCGGCCGUCCAAGCACAAUGCAGACCAAUGGGAGGAAGCACAAGCGGCUCAGGAGCGAUUCUUGCAUCAUCUUGGAGACCACCUGACCUUGGUUCGCGUCUACACAAUGUGGGAAGACGAAGGUUGCAGCCCUGAUUGGUGCAAAGCCAACUUUCUCCACUUCAGGGCCUUGCGCCAGGCCCGCGACAUCCGAGGUCAGCUGUGCGAGCAGAUGGAGAAGGUCUCUGAGGCAUCUGUUCGGGAUGCAGUUCGCGCAGUUCGGCAAAGGCACAGAGAUCCCAGAGCCCGUGACCGAGGACGAGGCGCCGCCCCAAAUGGCAACAGCAGCGAGCAGGCUCUGUUGCAGUCCCUUUGUUCUGGCUUCUUCAUGCAGACUGCCCGAAUGUGCGGAGCAGGUGGCGGAUGGUUGAUCGUAGGAGAGAAUGUCCUGGUGAAAUGCGAAGCAAGCAGUGCCAUGGAUGGUUCCUGUGCCGAGUGGGUGCUGUACACUGACUUGGUAGGCAGCACUGUGGCCAACUGCAUGAUGCGCACGGUGUCAGCUGUGGCUCACAAGUGGCUACAGCCAUUGCUGCCGAAACUCGUUGAGGUGGACCUCAAGCGACUGGUGGGAAUGGCGCAGCCUCAGCGACACGAGCAGGCAGAAGCACCGAAGGAUGCUUCCCAGAUGGCAAAGGACCGCGAAGUGAAGGUGGGAAGUGCCCGCGAGAGGUACCUAGCCCGGAAGAACAAGCCGGCCACCAAGUAG